UUGUGUAACUUCAACAUGAAGGCAGCAAUUUGCAUUUUGCUCUUCGUCUUCGCGGGAUACGUUCAGGCAAGGAUCACUUACGAUGACGUACUUGACGCGGAAUUUGAACUCUUCAAAGUGGAGCAUGAGAAAAGCUACGAUGACGAAUACGAAGAACAACUGCGUCUGCAGAUCUUUAAAGAUAACAAGAAGCUGAUCGAUAGACACAACAAGCGCUAUGCAGCUGGAGAGAAGACUUACACGAUGGGUGUAAAUAAAUUCACAGAUUUGACUCAAGAGGAAUUCAAAAUGCUUUUGCUCCCAAGCCCUAAUUCAAGUCAUUCUCUUGAAAGUAUCGACUAUAUUUACAAUCCUUCUGCCAAGGAUAGCCUACCAAGUAGCAUUGAUUGGCGUAGAUCAGGCGCCGUUAACCCAAUUAAAAAUCAAAUUCCCUGUGGCGGAUGUUGGGCUUUCUCUGCCGUAGGCUCUCUGGAAAGCCAACACUUCAUACACAAAGGAAAAACUGUGUUCUUAUCCGAACAAAAUCUGAUUGACUGCUGUGAAGGUUCCCGUCCGAUUGAAGCACUGGAUUAUGUUAAGGAUAAUGGUGGUAUAAAUACUGAAAGAUCGUAUCCAUAUAAAUGUAUGAAACACAGUUGCCAUUACGAAAAAAAAAACAUUGGAGCAGAAGUUUCGGCUGUUGUACAAAUUCAAAGUGGAAAUGAAGACGCAUUAGCAUCGGCCGUUGCUAAUAAGGGUCCCACAUCAGUGUGUAUCAACGUCGAUUCCAACUUCCAAUAUUAUAGAAGUGGCGUCUUCAAUGAACCGUCGUGCUCUCAAACUAUAAACCAUUGUGUAGUUAUCAUUGGCUACGGCACAGAUUCAGUUGGAGGAGAUUAUUGGUUGGUGAGGAACUCUUGGGGCGAGGAUUGGGGAGAAAACGGAUACAUUCGAAUGGCUCGCAAUCGCAAUAAUCAAUGCGCUAUUGCCAGUUAUGCAGUAUAUCCUUUAGUUAAAUAAAUAUCUUUAUAUUGUGCUCUUGCCAGUUGUGAAAUAAAUCCUUUCGUUUAUUUGUAAAUAAAUAAA